AGUUGCGGUUGCAACAUGACAAAGACUUUUAUUUGCAAACUACUAUCACACCUCAUAACUGUUUUGGCAGAUGUAUGCAAUUAUUAAUCACUACAACAAUGCCAAUUAUCUCUCUGACUUUUUACGGUUUGGUGACACGAUGUGAUGCCAACCUUUUAUCUCGACGAUCUUCAUACCACUCAUUCUUUUGGUUCUCCACCAACAUCUCACCUCCUUUUAUGAUCUGUCAGAACUCACACCUCUGAUUUCUGAUCAAAAGCCCAACCGUCUCUGUGGCGUGCAAGCAUGUGUACGGCUUGUGCCUUCAAGGGAAUUAUCCUGUGAUUAAUCACUGGUUGUUGGCACGGAGGGAGGUUUUCAGGGUGUCUGCAUUCGCGUGGGUGUUUUUGUGUGUGUGUGUCCGAUUGUUCACAAGAUCGUGUGACGUGAAGCCAUCUCAGCGAGAGGACAGGUGGCCGCGAUGCAUGGCCUCUUACAGGAAUCGUCCCGGUCCUUCUCUUUAGUGGAGGCUAGUGACGGGUCAGUGCAUUGCCUUGGAUGCAAAUGCACAUGUACAAACGCAUGCCAAUGGAGCGUGACGCAAUAACACGAAGUGCUGUCUGCGGCGCAGCGAUAUUCGAGACGGGAGAAAACAGGAAAUUUCAGGCAAGUCUCCUCGGCCGAGUGUCAUAACACCUCCGCUUUCCACACGCUUUUUCUCUCUCCUGCUGCACAUGCUUACACAGACAAACACACUCAGUCACACACACCCAGCUUCACACCGCCAGCCAGCAAGCCAGCCUUUCGCUCUUCACUCACACCCUCAAAUCUUACCAAGUUCAGCUCUCCCUGCUCAAAGGCAGACAGGAGCAGCACGGCAGCCUGUUAAACGAGUUGAGGGAAGGAGCAGCGGAGUCACAGAGAGAGACAUAGACGGGAAGGAGAGAAGGAGGGGAAGGGGGGCUGAAUGAGUGAAGGGAGAGCAAGGCAGAGAGAGUCACUGUUGCCCAUAUGCCGAGAGGAGCAUGGGCGGUUGAGCAAGCUGGCCCCCACUGAAGCUUCCUGACUCAUGGGAGCGUCAGGAACCGGGUCCCAAGAGAGCCUGGAAAACGCUGCCGGAUCACGCGUGGUGGGAGAAGGAGGGGAGAGGAAAAAACUCUUGGAAGGGGAGGCAAGAGGCAAGACAAGCUGCAACGGUAGGCUGUCCCACUCAGCUGCUGUGCCGUGAUGACGUCGGCGGGCAUGUGACCCAGGGUCUCCAGUGACGCCGCAUGGAGGGCAGGAAAGAGACGAGUUUUAAAGCUGGUGCCUUUUGGGUUGUGUGAGGGCUCUGCUCGCCUCCCCAACAACCACAGAACCACAGACGUGCGGCUCGGGGUUGGUGUCUGAGGGCGACCUGGAGUGUAAAUGGUUAAUCGUCACGGGCCAACACCAGUCACAAGGACGGCGCUAAGCAAGUAAGACGUGUCGAGGGUCACAGAAACCGCAGAGGAACAAAAGUGGGGCUUGCUGGAACCAGAGGCAGCCAUGGCAUCUAACAGCCUCUUCAGCACAGUGACACCAUGUCAGCAAAACUUCUUCUGGGAUCCCAGCGCCAGCCGGAGGUUCAGUCCGCCGUCCAGCAGCCUCCAGCCGGUCCCAGGGAAGAUGAACGACGUGAGCUCCCCGGCCGGCCAGCCGGACGCGGCGGCCGCGGUGCCGAGGCUGCGUCCCCCGCAUGAGAACCGCAGCAUGGCCGAGAUCAUCGCCGACCACCCAGCCGAGCUGGUGCGCACCGACAGCCCCAACUUCCUCUGCUCGGUCCUGCCCUCCCACUGGCGGUGCAACAAGACGCUGCCUGUCGCCUUCAAGGUGGUCGCCCUGGGCGACAUACCCGACGGGACGGUUGUCACGGUCAUGGCGGGCAACGACGAGAACUACUCGGCCGAGCUGCGGAACGCCUCGGGCGUAAUGAAGAACCAAGUGGCGCGCUUCAACGACCUUCGCUUCGUGGGCCGCAGCGGCAGAGGCAAGAGCUUCACACUGACAAUCACGGUAUUCACCAACCCACCGCAAGUGGCCACGUACCACCGAGCCAUAAAGGUCACCGUGGACGGACCGCGUGAGCCCAGGAGGCAUCGUCAGAAACUUGAGGACCCGCCCAAAACCGGCCUGUUCUCAGACCGCCUUAGUGAGCUUGAGAGGAUGAGGGUGAGGGUCACGGUUCCCACGCAAACGCCUCGGCCAGCUCUCAACACCGCAGCCAACACCUUCAACCCGCAGGGUCAGACACAGAUAACAGACCCUCGUCAGUCCCAGUCCUCUCCUCCGUGGUCGUACGAACAGCCGUACCCGUCCUACCUGAGUCCCAUGGCGUCCCCCUCUGUCCACUCCACCACCCCCCUCUCCUCCAGCCGAGGCACGGGCCUGCCUGCCAUCAGUGACGUGCCUAGACGAUUGCCAGGGUCUUCUGACCUGAGUCCGUUCCCCGGCCAGUUCGAGCGCCAGUUCCCGAGCCUCUCCUCCAUCACGGACAGCCGCUUCUCCAGCCCGCGCAUGCACUACCCGGCCACCUUCACCUACACCCCGCCCGUCACCUCGGCCAUGACGCUCGGCAGCGCCCACUACCACACCUACCUCCCCCCGCCUUACCCGGGCUCCACCCAGAGCCAGAGCGGACCCUUCCAGACCAGCAGCACGCCGUACCUGUACUAUGGCGCCUCCUCCAACUCGUACCAGUUCUCCAUGGUGCCCGGCGGCGACCGCUCGCCGUCUCGGAUGGUGCCGCCUUGCACUAGCGCCUCCACGGGCACCUCGCUGGUGAACCCCAACCUGCCCAGCCAGACGGAGGGCGGGGUGGACGGCGACGGGAGCCACAGCAACUCGCCGACCGUGCUGAAUCCCGGCGGCCGCAUGGACGAAGCGGUCUGGAGGCCGUACUGAGAACAGACCAGGGGGACGCGCGGAUGGCAAGUCAAGUGAUGUCGCGGUUUACAAGCACAAAACCCCCUUUUGUUUUUUCAUGUCAUGAAAAGGGGGAUUUCUUUCUCUUUUUUUGUUUUUGUUUUUGGGCCCUCUCCUCUGCUAUCUCCAACUUUUGCUUGGAAAUUAAAGCAGAGAUGAUGAUGAUGAUGAUGAUGAUGGGGGCUGUGGGGGGGUAGGAGUUGGAAAAAUAAAAUAAAAGAACAGACUUGCACCGACUUGUCUUCCUGGAAUGUGUUUGGACCGAGGCACUACAAAGGGAGCCAUUCUCACAGCAAUAAUGAGAAGAAAAGACACACAAAAAACUAUUUUUGAUUCACCAAGCCCAGGCAGACGGGACGUUGUUUCAGUUUUUAGGGCAGCCCCACCAGCUAAGGGAUGCUGCGUCGACAUUUGUAAAAGACUGCCCCUCUGUUUUUUUGUUUGUUUUUUUUUGUAACUUGUUUGUACUUUAUUAAGGCUUUUUUUUUUUUGCAGAGCAUGUUUUUGUACAAUAUCGAGAUGCAACCUAAGCACUGAGUAGCAGAUGAGAAGCGUGUGUUACCCAAAAGCGGCGUGGACAUUCAUUUUGCUCUAAACCAAUUAAUUUAACUUGUACAUUGUGGGUUUAUGACGUCGAUGUAGAUUGAAGCAUUUUUUUUUCUUUUUUUGUUUGUUUUUUUCUCUAGUUUUAACUUAUAAAAGCCAUAAAUUAUGUAUUGUAUUUGAAACUUGAGUCGAAGAAGUGUAAUCUGAAUAUUUUUGAUGCAUCUAUAUGACUAAGUUAAUUUUAUCUUUGAUAGGUAAUUUAAGAGUUUUUUUUUUUUUUUCUUUGUUGUUGUUGUUGUCGUUGCUGUAGUUGCGCUUCUCCCCCCCCCACCUCCCACACCUCACCCUCCUCCACUUCCCUCCCCAAAAAAGAUUUAAUAAUGAUCGCUUGGAAUCCAAAAUCUAAUUUCCGGAGGGUAUUGCAACACGUUUUCUUCUGGUGUGUUUAAAAUAAAUAAAUAAAAAAAUCAGUGUAACUGCUCGACACAUUAGGAGGCCAACAUCUUCGGUAGGCGUCGACACACAUUUGGCUCGGAAUUAAACCUUUGGUAUUUAUUGAGCAAUAACUCGCAUCGUGCCUCUCGGCAACGCGGCAUUAAAGCCAGCUUCAGUGGGGAAGAAAAUAAUUAUCCGUUUAUGGAAAUUUUCUUUUUUUAUUUUGUCUCAUCUGGCGUGCACUUACAAACUGCUUUUCCUGACAAUAUGAGAACAAUCGAAGCGAGUCCAAAGAUGGAUGCGCCUGGUGGUACAAGUUACAGCGUCAGGUCUGACGUUUUUUUUUUGUUUGUUUGUUUUUUUUUUAAGGCUCAGUUGUUUUUUGUGAUACAUAAACUCCUCAGGACUGGAAUAAUCCCCGAAUGACAUUAUCUAUAUCUGCUUCUCUUUCUCUAUUUCUCUCUUUUUUUUUCUUUUUUUUUCUUUUUCAUAUCCAGCCUGGCUGAAAGCUCAGUCGAGAUUAUAGCUUAAACACGCCAACUUUAUUAUAGCUUUCAUAUCAUGUGCAGAAGAUGACUUUGAAAGAGUUUGGGAUAGUGCGUGACACACACGCAGAGAGAGAGAGAAAGAGAGAGAAAACAAGGAAAGUGAAAGAAUAAAAAAUAAAAAAGCACGACAUUCCUUCAGAUGUUUAUUUAUCUACAGUUUUUUAGAUUUAAUAUCUUAACGUCCCAGCCUAAAACAACAUUCUCUCGCAGCACUAUAAGGAGCACGUCUGCAUCAAACCCAAAAAAGUGCUGGGGUUCAGGGAAAAAGUGCAAAAAAAAACAAAAAACGAGGUGAUUGGAUUCAGCUGCUGGCAGCAAAAUGGUGACCAAAAAAAAAAAAAAAGAAAGAAAGAAAGUAUGGGAGACUUGUAUGUUUGUUUGAUAAAAGCACUUAUUUCUUGUUUUAUUUCUAGCAGCACUCGCGGCUGGCUGCCAGCAGAGCUCGUGGUUUUGGGUCCUGAACGCAGCCAUCUCGCCCCCCCCCUGCACAACCGAUAACACUUGGCCAAACACAUCUGAUCCCACUAGACACUUGGUGUUUCUUUGAAACAAAAAAAAAUAAAUUUAAAAAUUGAGACUAUUUUUAUUAUUUUGUGCCGUUUUGUUAUUUAACGUUUGCAGGUAAUGUAGCCCCUGCGUGUGUGUAAAGAAAAAAAAAAAAGUAGAGAGAAACAUGGGAUCAGUGGGUUCAAGCUUUUCACUGAAGGUUUGCACGCGACCUCAGCCUAGGAUGUUUCCAAACUCGCUUUGUGAUAUUGGAAAAUGUCACGUCGCGUUUCCCCUCCCGACUGCCUCAGCUCGCACGGCCGAUAAAAUAUCUGGAAAAAAACAAAAAAAAAACAAACAGAAGAGAAGAGAAAUAUUACCAACUGAUUUUAAAACACGGCCUUAAAAUUUGCUACCCCCAUGUCUUGUAGUCUGAUUUUUUUAAAAUUUGUAUUACUUUUGACAGCCUGACAGGAAAUAAACGCAGCACUGACAUCCCAUACUGUCUUCAUCCGCUUUGACUGUUUUUCUUUUUCUUCUCUCACCUCACAAAAAAAGGUUAUUCUUUUUUUAAUUUGUUUGGUUUUUUUGGGGGGGCAAUAAACUGUCAGGAGAGAAAAAAGCCUGUAUUAUUUAACAAUCAGUGUGUAUACUUGUACCUUGUGUUGCUCCUAUGUAAAGUUUACGUGUUAUUUUCCGUUGUUACGCUCCUUCUCAUGAACACUUGUCAGGAACUGAAAUCUAAAGCGACGCGGUUAGAUUCUGCUGGUACGUUUCAUAAAGGGGAUUUUCUUUUUUCUUUUUAUAAGAAGGGACAAACAGAUCUGACAACAGUGAGUGAAAUUGGCAUUGUGAUUGUACAUGUUUGUUUAUUUUUUAAAAAAAUAAAGCCGGUAUUUUGUAACUUAA